GUUUACUAUUACUACUUUUGUUGUUGUUGAAGCUGCAGCUACUUUUGGUGUUCUGUAUAUGGAUGCUUCUCAUCUCCAUGGCCGGCGGGAUUUAGAAGACGAGACUAAUCGGAACCGAUUUUCCGGCGAGGCUAAAGCCAGCGGCGAUGGCGUGGUGCGUAGGCCGAGGGGGAGGCCGCCGGGGUCGAAGAACAAGCCGAAGCCGCCGGUGAUCAUUGCCCGGGAUAGCGCGAACGCUCUGCGGGCGCAUAUUUUUGAGGUCGGCGGCGGUUGCGACGUGUUUGAGGCGGUGGCGAGUUAUGCUCGGAAAAGGCAGAGAGGGAUUUGUAUACUGUGCGGUAGCGGAGCGGUGGACAACGUGACGCUGCGGCAGCCGGCGGCGGCCGGCGCCGCCGUCGUGACGCUGCAAGGGAGGUUUGAGAUAUUAUCCCUGGCCGGAUCGUUCCUGCCGCCGCCGGCGCCGCCGGAGGCCACCAGUUUGACGGUGUACCUCGCCGGAGGUCAAGGCCAAGUGGUCGGAGGCAACGUCGUCGGCGCCUUGAUCGCCUCCGGGCCGGUGAUAGUCAUCACUGCUUCCUUCACAAACGUGGCGUAUGAUAAGCUGCCGUUAGAUGACGGCGAGGCGGCGGCUCUCCAGAUUCCGCCGUCAACUAACGGCGGCGGCGUUAGCAACCAAUUUGCUGAUCCCUCGUCGGGGCUUCCAUUCUUCAAUCUUCCACUGCAUUUGGCUAUGGAGAGCGCAGGAUGGACCGGAAACUCGGCGAACCGGGUUCAAUACUAGGUCAAAUUAAACAAGCUUAAUUAGCUUAAUUAUAUU